GAGAGCUGGCGACAUCCAAACCGAUAUAGUUGGCAGCACCACGUUGCGUCCGCAGAACAUCCACUGGUGCUUAAAGCCUGUAAAAUUAUAAUUAGCAGGACUUGAAAAUAAGAGAAGGACGCUUUCUUUUUGGAUAUUUUCUUCAACGUUAUUUUUCCGCUUGAAAGUUGUUUUUGAAGAAGCUUUACUUUAUAUAAAGAAGAUAACUUCGUAUACCGGUCUUUAACAUCGAAAAUGUUUCCAGAUUUAAACACGGGGUUUACCUAUGAGGACUGCAAGGCCACCGCGGACUGGCUUUUGGCCCAGACGGACGUCCGCCCACUGGUAGGCAUCGUGUGUGGCUCGGGUCUGGGUGGGCUGGCCGACAUGCUCAAGGACCAGGUGGCCUUCAACUACAAGGACAUCCCCAACUUCCCUCAGAGCACCGUGCACGGCCAUGCCGGCAGGCUGGUGUUCGGGACCCUGAAGGGCAGAGACUGCGUGUGUAUGCAGGGCCGCUUCCACCUGUAUGAAGGCUACCCCAUCCAGAAGAUCACGCUGCCCAUGCGCAUCUUCAAGCUGCUGGGCGUGGAGACGGUGAUGCUGACCAACGCGGCCGGGGGUCUCAACCAGGACUUCAAGGUGGGCGACAUCAUGAUCAUCAAGGACCACCUCAACAUCCCCGGCUUCGCAGGCAACCAUCCCCUGGUGGGACCCAACGACGAGAGGUUCGGCGUGCGCUUCCCCUGCAUGUCGGACGCCUACGACCGGGAGCUCCAGCAGCUGGCCAUGGAUGUGGGCCACGAGCUUGGCUUCACCGACUUCCUCCGCGAGGGGGUCUACUGCAUGCUGGGCGGACCCUCGUUCGAGACCAUCGCCGAGUGCCGCAUGCUGAGCAAACUGGGGGCCGAUGCCGUCGGCAUGAGCACAGCGCACGAGGUGGUGGUGGCGCGGCACUGCGGCAUGCGCGUCUUCGCCCUGUCCCUCAUCACCAACCUGGCGGUGAUGGACUACGACAGCGAGGAGAAGGCCAAUCACGAAGAGGUACUGGAGUGGGGCAAGCAGAGGGCGGAGCAGCUGGAGAGGCUGUUCUCCGCGAUCGUGACCCGCAUCGAGCACAACAACAACUUUGUUUGAGCGACGCGCACACCAAUGGGUCAUGGUUGUUUUAUCUUACUGUUUGUGGUAGUCCUUGUUGUGCAUGGUUUUAUCCGGUGGGCUUUCUGAAGGGGGGCUUUUAUCGUGGUGGGUUCCAGGUUUCGGGGGGCUGAGAGGGAGCUACGUCGUCGCGGUUUUGGGCCAGAAGAGAGAAAAGAAAAAAAUUGUGAAAUCCCUGGUUGAGUACUCUUGUGUCUGCGAAUGGAGGUCGAUGUGGUGUUGACUAUCUGAAUGAUGAUCGAUGUGAGAAAAUAAUGCUUUACCAAAAGUAUACUGAAACAACAAGUCUGUGAAACCAAACAGCGUUUUCAAAUUGGGUUAAAGAAAAUCAAAAAAGAAGAGAUCUUUUUAUUUUAUUUAUUGACUUUUUCUAAAGAGUGAGCCUUUGAGGCUUGGUUUUGAGUGUGAGUGAUCGAGGGUGUUAUUGUGUGAAAGAUAGCAAUGGUUGAACUUAUGUUUAUACAUUCCUGCACUAGUAUGUAUUCUUUAAACCAACUCUUCUCUUAUUUAUGGUUAGAAUUAUGCUUCAUAUGUUUAACUUAAUAUCGUCAGGGCUAUUGUAAAUGUUUAAUUUAACAACCAUUUAUUUGAAAGUGGAAACUAUUGUCUUUAUUAUAAAUGUUAUUAAAGUUUAUAUUUAUUACAUAAA